AUGGGUACCAGUCACCAUUGGACGGAAGCCGCUACAGAAGAGAAUUUUCACCGCCACGUUGCUUCUCAGAAUACAGGAUGUCGGCAUGCGACCAAGACAAGCAGUCAGUGCAGAAAACGCGGGCAGGAAAGACAUUGGUUGAGGGUGCCCACGCAACAAAUGACUAUAACACUGUAUGACCUAUGCGAUCAAGUAGCCGCUGUUCCCAAAAAAUACCAGGACUAUUGUGCAACACAUGAGACUUCCCAUCGCAACCCGUUCUCAUCAAAGGAGGGGAAGUCCUCGUCUUCCAUCUUUCGCGAAGAACAUGCUACCUAG